CAUAUGUCCGUAGUCUUUAGCUGCAUUUGGAUCAAGAUAUGCAUUACGAAUGACUGCCCAUUUCCGGAGAGAUGAAGCGUGAGAGAUUAGUGUUUACCUGAGGUUCCCGCCAAGCUUACCAAGCUAGCGGAAAUCUAAUCAGAUCUCAAUCUAAAUCCCAACGCGUGUUCAUCGAUCUCGCGACUUCACGCGUCUACAACCUUAAUCCAACCUCUCCACCAUGCUGGCCAUUCAGAAACCCUCUGUCAAGUCGCCAGAGUGCACGCCGAAUCUCCUCCCCGCCCGCCUCAACCACAAUGGCCCCGUAAACGCCACUGAGCGGUACUGGAGUCCAGAAACAACAGAAAGCGGCGAGACUACAGCCUUCUUCCGAGGUCGGAAACUCAAAGGGCGGAGUGUCAAAAUUCCGGAGGGAUACAAAGGCGUCGUGCUAGACAUCACGGAUAAAGCUGCGCCACAACCCAAGAAAGAGCAGGUCAAAGAGAACGCGGAUGACGAGGGAGACAAUGACGAUGAUGACGAACCGGCAGAGGUCAACGCAGUAGAAGAGCUGGCGUCAUUUGAAGAAAUCGUGGUUUGGGGACAUGAGGCUAUACCAGCGGAUACGGAAGAUCCCUACGCAAAGGGCGUGCAGGAGUGGAUAGGUUUUGCAGAGGCGAUGCAUUGUGAGGAUGACACGACCGCAAAACUACAGACAUCAUGAUAAUAGGCUCACGGAGUUUGUGAUUCAUGGAGUCAUUACAUGACACCAAAGCAAUGCUCAACACGAAUUCUAUCGAUCACUACAAGAAACAGCAAUCUAUCGCUA